AUGGCCACGGCACAAAGACUUCUCAUCACUAUGUCCUGCGGCGCCAGCGCUCACCGGACGUUGCCUGCGUUCCUUCUGCUGGGUUUGCUAGCCGGGAUUGCUGCCACGCACCCCGUUGUAAGCAGAACUAAUGGCACAUUGCUGGAGAGAGGAUGGCAAUCUCUGCUGUCCAGGUCCAUGGCUGGGAUGUCAGGGGAGAAGGCAGAUGUGAACUGGGAGAGUGACUAUUUGCUAGGAAUCAAGAGGCAGCGGAGGCUUUACUGCAACGUGGGCAUCGGGUUUCACCUUCAAAUCCUCCCAGACGGAAGGAUAAGCGGAGUUCACAAUGAAAACCAAUACAGUCUCUUUGAAAUAUCCACUGUAGAAAGAGGUGUUGUAAGUCUGCUUGGUGUGAAAAGUGCUCUCUUCAUUGCAAUGAACAGCAGGGGCAGGUUGUAUGGGACGGCUGUUUUCCAAGAUGAGUGCAAAUUCAAGGAAACCUUGCUGCCCAAUAACUACAACGCGUAUGAAUCUAAUGUUCACCGCGGCGCUUACAUAGCCCUGAGCAAACACGGCAGGGUGAAGAGAGGAAACAAGGUUUCUCCUGCCAUGACAGUGACCCACUUCUUACCAAGAAUAUGA